GUGGCGUUUAAAACUGACAGUCCAGUAGGUCCAACACCAUAAACACAGAUGGCAGUACCAUGUUUCGUCGCGUAGGGGUAAUGUCCAAAAGUUUACAUAAACUGCAGCGAAUGAGCGAGAAUAGUCCCAAAACAUACACCCAAUUGGACUCGGCUGUUAUUACUGUUAAUUUUCUUUUUUGAAAUUACAGGCAAAGGCGGUAAAAGAGCUGUUUUGUGAAACUUUCUCGGUAACAUUAAGAGUAUAUAAAACCUGAGCCUGGUCCCCCGAGUGGCUGCGAAGGGUAGAACAGUCCAGUAGGCAGACGGGCUGGACUGAACCCAAAAUACGCGCAGAAAGCUGACAACUGCAAAACAACUUUGCAGCCGAAAUAAUUAAAUUAAGUUUACCGGUAAACAAUGUGACCAAGCGUGAAGACCACCUCUGUGAGGACCUUCGCGAAUAACGCAUGACAGCGAACUUUGCUCGCUGCGAGAGGCGCACUGCACCAUGGCAUCCCAGCCGAGCGCACAUACUGAAGAGAGGAACCUUCUUCGCCGCCGAGCAUGGGAACAAAGAAUCCAAGAAACCAGCCAAACCAAAGAAGUUAAUGCUGAAAAUGCGCCACUCUUUGCAGAACCGUACAAGACGAACAAAGCGGAUGAGCUCUCUGAUCGAAUCCAAAGGAUGCUGGGCAGUUACGAAGAUGUGAAUAAUCCUGUGCCUUCUUCACAGGAGGCUUUACCCAUUCCUUCCUACGUUUCCUUAUCUCAGUCAGAUCAGAACCAGCCAGUUGCAGAACAAUCAAACAAAACUCUUUCCCACAACCAGGACCUUCACAUGUCUACUACCCAACAAAGCCAGAAAGGGACAUCUAAUAGUGUUUACUCCUCAUCUCCAAACCACCGUGGACAUUCAUCUAGAUUUUCAGCUGCGCCUUCGACCCACAGUCAGUUGAGUCGCUUAGGACAUCAUAUAAAGGAGAGUGAAGUCUUCCCAGAUCUCAGAGGGGCAGUCAGCCUUCCCCAGGAAGUGUCUGCCCCCUCUCCAGAUACUAAGCUUCUUCCGGUCCUACAUUCCUGUGACCACAAUACUAACACGGACACGAGGGACACGUUCAAAAGGGAUCAGCUUCAAGGGUCUCCAGAUCUUUCCUCAGGGUUGACUGGCAGUGUGACUGUUUUUACAUUGAACAGCAGGCUUUCACCUAUAAAUCCACCCCAAGCCAAGACCAACACACUGCCCUCCCAGACCUUUCCUUCUCUGCUGUCGUCCAAGCAGGCUGGGCUAGUCAUGACCCAGAAGCCAACGGCCUAUGUGCGACCCAUGGAUGGUCAGGACCAGGUGGUCCAGAAGUCACCUGAGCUGAAGCCAUCGCCAGAGCAUUAUGCGCCAUUACCAGAGCUGAUCAACAAAACGGACAUUGCCAAAACAAUGAAAGUGCCUCAAUUCUUUGAGACUCCAUCUGAUGAAGUUCUGUGUGUGGAAGAUAUCUUAAGGGAAAUGACUCAGCCAUGGCCCCCUCUGCUGACGGCGAUACACACGCCAACCUAUGAACCACCCAAGUCUCAAAUCCCAGCCAAGGAAGCAGAACAAGUCUCAUCGUGUCCAGAGCAAAAAAGCCUUGAAUUCUCCAGUAAAGAUUCAUCUCAUUACAACCGGCUGAACUCCUCAAAUUCCUUUGAAGCCGCACAUUCCAGUGAUGCAGAGAUGAGGAGCUCCAGUGACAGCAGCUCAGAGUCAGACGACAUUUCCAUUAAAGAGCCUCCAAAACCUCCAGAGAGCAAACUAGUUGAAACAGAGCCUGAUGCUCCAGCAGCAAGCGAUCGGGACUGGCAGCUGGGAGAGCGGGUGAGCCCCCAUCAGCAGACCUUCAGCACUGAUCGUCAGACCCCCAAGCAGACCAGUGCAGACGCCAGUGAGGAAUCAAAGUCUUUUUCUCAGCAAAAAGCGCUCACAGACAACAUGGCUGCUACUCAGCAGAGCAGUGAAAGCGUCCAAGAUGCCUCUUUCAGUCAGAACAAUGGCAAAAAAAGCCUUUCUGAUGGAGGGAGCCUCAACAGUACAAGGAGACUUUCAAAGCCUUCAGCGGCAGGGGGCCCAAAUCGCACUGAAACAGCACUCGGCGUUAAGUCUGAGGAACUCGCAACCCCAAAGACGGAGCAACAUUUCACACACAAUCCCAAAGUAAAAUCAAAAACAAUGGAACACAGAAAGGAAACUAAAAGAGAUGCUAAAAGAACUACAUACGCCAAACAUAAGAAGGCUGGAUCGGAAGUCGCGCCUGCGCUGCAUGGUAGCUGUCCAACCUGUGGUGUUCAUCAUCCUAAAUCCUGCUGCUGCUCGGCUCAGAGCCCCGCCCAGCCUGCUGCUCCAGUCAGAGUCAGCUGUCCCAAAAACAAUACAGAGACCAAGGUGCCUCACAAAUCAACCCACAAGCAUUCACAUAAGGCCUCUCAGGCAGCAAAGGGUUGGUGGGACCAAUACCAGCCUCCUAAAUCCCUGCUGGUGAGGAUUGAUAUCGGUCUGCUCUCAAGAGUCCCCCUGAAAUCCAGUAAUAAUAAAGGGAUUUCCAGCAAUGCAAAGAGACCAGCACUGGCCAUAGAGAAGGAUGUAGCGAGCAGAGAGUCCUCUAAAGCACACAGACCUGGAAAAAGCAAUAGAAAGUCUCAAAAUGUCGAGACUAAAAGUCCACCCAAGAAGAAACUUAAGUUGGAAAACCGGAAUACCUCAUUAAGUCGUGCUUCUGUGAAAGUAGAGAGUUCCAACAAACCAGACAAGGACCAAAAGAAUGCUAAGAAAACAUCUCAGGACCUGGCAACAUCCAAAGACACCACUAAAGCUCCAAAGGUACAGAAUCCCUGUUCGGCAAUGGUACUGAAGACCAGUAAGGAGAAUCCCAAUGGUAAGGACUCCAACAAGCACAAGACAAUUAAAGGAAAACACCCACAACCCUCACUUCAUAAAAAGUGUCAGGCCAAGACCCCAAAGAGCGGUCUUGAUAUGCCGUCAAAUUUAAAGCCCCAAAGAGGAGCUGUGAGCAACAGAUCCUUGCUGAAUUUUGACAAGAGGCAGUAUCCAGUGAACCAUUACAUAAAAGAGGCAAAAAAACUGAAGCACAAGGCAGACGCUGAGCAGGACAAGCUUAGUAAAGCUUUCACCUACUUGGAGGCAGCCAUGUUCUUUGUUGAGAGUUGCAUUGCCAUGGAGAAAGAUCCACAGAUUUCAGGGUCUUCCUACACGAUGCUUGCAGAGACGGUGGAGCUGCUCAAAUUUGUUCUGAAACUUAAAAACCCAGUGGACUCAUCAGCUGCACCCCCAGAAAAUGACUUUUUAGCUUUAUGUUUAAAGUGCCAGUCUCUUCUUCACAUGGCCAUGUUUCGCCACAAACAAAAAACUGCAACAAAAUUGUCAAAGACUCUUACGGAUCACUUUCAAAACUUCGCUCAGGUGUCACGCAAACAGCCCUCCUCAGCAAAGCUAGCAGAAAACCCAUCCCCCAGCGUGCCGUCUCCAGCCAGCUCCAGCUCAGGUACCGGUUCGAACCACAGCGGCUCCGGGAUCGCUGCAGUCGGCAGCACUGUGGUGAUUCCUCAAGACAUAGAGCAAGUGGCCUUUUCCUACGUCAACAUCACCACGUUAUUUCUAAGUGCUCAUGACAUCUGGGAGCAGGCAGAGGAAUUGGCAUUAAAAGGCAGCGGUGUGCUCACAGAGCUGGAUGCCUCCAUGGGCCCACUGAGACUGAUGUCAAAUAUGAGCUUCAUGGUCCGCUACAUCAGGCAAGGUGUCAGCUGGUUAAGGCUGGACAGCCAUAAGCUUUGAUGCUGGACGCCUACGCUCUCAGACUUCUCUGCAUGUUUAUGCCUCUGACAUCACCUUAUUUCAUUAACAAAGUGGAUGGCAGAUGGCUGUGGAGGUGGCUCAGGAGAAAAUUCUCAUUUUCUCUCAAGGACAAAGACAUCUGCUUUCAUAUGCAUCAUGUGUAUUUUUAUUAUUAUUUUUGUGUUUGUGUGUGGGUGUGUGUGUGUGUUGUAAACAAACAUGGAAGGAAGCAAAUCAGAUAUUGCCAAAAGUGCCAUUUUGGGGCUCUGUGAAUUUGCCCUCUUAAAAUCAUCUGCUUGUGGUCCAAGUAUUGUGAGCUUUAUUGUUCCUUUUUUCACAACUUUUGUUAGUAUUACGAUCUCUGAAGAGAUGGUAAUUAGAAAACCAGGGCACUUAACUCACACCAACCUCCAGUUGUCUCUGCUAGCAUCAUGUUCUUUGUUUCAUUGUGAAACUUCGGCUUGACCUGAUGACCUGUGACCCAACGAAGUUUGUUGCAAUAGUGCCACACACUAUAAAUUGGUCUUUAAUUUAUUAUUUUAGCUAAACGUUUGGCUGGGGUUCUGCAUUUUGUUUAUGUGCAAUAGUCAAAAGCGGUGGAUAACGGUAAUCAGGUGCCUUACUGUGAAUUAGAGGAGGCCUGCCUAUAGUUUGGUCCUUGUCAAACACUGUAAGGCGCAGAAAGCUCUGUGGAACAAGUGCAGCUGGAGUGUUAGUGGCAUAAACCAGUUCUUCUUCUUUGUCUUAAUUUGUUCUGCUGCUGACAAAAGUUGGUGUACAUAAUGAAGAUGACGUUUUCUCUGGUUGAUUGUGAUCUCACUGUUGCGGUGUUGGGUUCAUCUGGCCAAAUCUAAGAAAGAUUCUCCGUGUAAACUAUAGAAAUUGUUUUGAUGAAGAAACUUCUUAUCUCUGUUGUUCCUCCUGUCGGUUCAGGCCAGGAAGAGAUCCUUACAGUUUGAUUGUGGAAACAACUUUGAAGUUCAGCCAAAACUUGGCUUGUUUUGGUACAUCAUAGUUCCUCUCUUAUAAAAUCAAAAGUCAUAUCAAAAUCUUGCUUUGUGUUUCCAUGUGCACAAGCACCUUAGCAGCUGUUGGUUGUAAAAUUUCAAUUUGAUCGAAAUACUCAUUAUUGAUGACGGACGAUGAACAUUCUCACUAGAUUUUAGUUGAACUUUGAAGACACUUAACAGAGAGAGUUUUCUGGAUUUUGAACACCAAACUUUUAUAUAAAGUUGCCUUUACAGCCCAGAAGAAAUUUUACAUCUGUUCAGAUAAAAUGAUUCAAAGAGGUAAAUUUAGUUCUAUAAUUUCAUAGUUUUGGACAUUAGCCAGGCUUUUGCUGCAGUCAUUUCCAUUUAUUUUGAUGUUUUGCCAUAUUUCCCAUAUUCUAUAGAGCUGCAACAUCCCACCUAAAUAUGUGAGAGGUGGACAAUUUAGGAAAUAAUGCAGUUUUUUUUUUCUCAACAUUUGCAUUUUGAUAGUAAUUUAUUUUAGGUAUAUCUGCUUGGCGAAGGCCAUGCUAAACUGGCUGGACUGUGCUUGUUUGACUCAAAGCAAUAACAUGUUUUGUUAUUACAAUUUUUUUUAUUUAUAUGCAAGGGAGAUGUUUUUGGUAUGACAUGCUGAUAGGGAAGGUCUAGACUAGCGUAGGAAUAGCACUUGGCAUCUCUUAACUUAAUUGUUCCUAGCUUUAUUACUUUCAGCUAUGCAAUUAAUAUUUUUUAGUUAAGAACAGAGUGCCAUCUAAUCGGGAGCUAUUUUUUUUACGUUAGAACCUUCAGCAGGAUGUCAUUCAAAUAAGCUUUACAGUUUGGGAUGGAUGGAUGUCUACCCUGCUCACGAAGGGAAACUGCAACGUUCGAUACUUUGUUUUUUCCUGUUCAGAUCCUGUGGCUCUAAUUUCAUCAUUUGUUUUUGCUGCUUAAUUUAUAAAUUAUAUUGUAACUAAUUGUCCAAUUGUGUUUUGACUGGAAACAAAAUCUUCAGACCAGUUUUUGAAAAAUGUUUCUUUUUCAUUUCGUGAAAAUUUGUGAAACUGUGUUGCAGUGUGCAAAGAUGAAUAAAUACUGGAAACUAAA